UAAUUACAAGGUUUAUAUAAUUUUAGAAUUGGAUUAACCCAAAGUUGCAAUAUCACCACUACCGAAUUCAGUUGGAUCUGCGAUUACGUUUUCAAAUUUAAGUUGACCAUCAGAUAAUUCCAAGGUAUGUGAAGGAUCGUUUUUAGCUUUUUGUAGUUCUUUGACUUGUUGGGCGAAUUCUGUUCUCUCUUGUGCUAAUUGCAUUCUUGCAUUCUCUAAACUCUUUUUCUCUUCUUCAAGCAUUGUUUCCAAUUUUUCAAACUGCUCAGUCUUUAAUUCUAAUUUCUUUAAUUGUGCUUCAACAAUUUUAGAAACCAAAGAUUGUAUUUCUUUCUCUUCAUUAUUUGAAAGAGUUUUAGCUUUUGCAGCUGCAGCGCCUAAUGCAACAGAUGCAGCUUUUUCUACAGUGUUACGUGCAGGUUCAACAUCCAUCUUUUCCUCACUUUCAUCUUUUGUUAUUUCACCAACAGAUGCUUUGGCUGCUGCUGAUGCAACUGAUGGAUUAACAAUUGAAGCCAAGAAGGCAACUACACUCAUAACUGGAUUAUCUGAUUGUGAGAAUGGGAAUUUACCAUAUGCUAAUGGUCCGAGAUCACCUUGUGAUGCUUUACCAUGAUAUUGUGGAUCUCUUGCACUAUCGGAUGAUGCAACGAGGUAUGGAUCUUCAAUAGGUAACUGCAAGAAAUGGGCAAUACAACUUUCCCUUGAUCUGGUUCCCACAUGUUCAGCAACUGAAUUCCAAUCAUCAUCGUAUUGUUCCAAUCCUUCAAGUAAUAGAAGUGUUUCUUGAUCAGACCAUGGUUCAGCAUUUGCUUGUGGAUCAUCCUCUAUUGUGCCUGCUGGCUUGUAUUUAUCGUUUGUAAUUUUAAUAAAGUCACCAGAGAACAUUGUUGAAGGGAAGCGACCAUCUAGGUAAGCUUGUGGGCAUAACACAAAAUCUGGAUGUUUAAUAGAGUGAUAACGCUCUUGUGUACAUUCUGUACCUGUAACAUCACAGAAGUAUCUAGCUUCACCUGAAACGCCUUCAUCAUUUGAUGCUUUAAAUUUAUUAGCGGUUUUCGCAGUUUCAUCUGGAUCUUCUGUAACUUUGUAAGAGGAAGUGUUGUAGAUACCCUUGCGAAGUUCGACAUUUGGUGGUUUUGAGGAUUGUCUCGCAAUUUCCGGUGCCUCCUGUUUAACGGAAGUUUUAGUGGCAGGUUGAGUACCAGGGUGCAAAGGUUGGAGACCUCUUGGAGUAUCGAGGGUGACUCUGAAAUGACCAGUGAAUGGUGGACCAAGUGCAGCUGGACGUGUAUCUGGAUCAAUUUGGUAGUUGAUCAAACCCCACUGUUCCAAGAAAGCGUGUACACGCAUGAUAGCGCAUACAUCACCCGCGAGGUUACGUCUACAAGCCGUGAAAGUCAGAUACUCGGAUGGGUUCAAUCUGUAUGUGUUUAUUAUGAAAUCUCUGUACUCUUUGUAAAUUGUAGGUGUUUUUGAUCUAUUGCGGUUGUUGAAGAAUUCAGGUAAGGACCUCUUCUCUAUUGCAUUUAUUUGUCCAAAGCUGAACCAUGAACUAUAGCUUGGUAUAAUAAUUUCCUGGGUUUGGGCUGCCAAAUAGUUCCUAGCUUCUUCCUGUGAGUGAUACUUUGAUUGUUCUUUUACUACGACGUUCUCUUCUGCAUUCUCCAUUUGUACAUCAGCGUUUUCUUGCUCAACUGCAGGUGACUCUGGGUUUUGAGAUAUAUUGGAAAUAUCGCCGCCAACUACAGGGUAAGCUUCAUGCUGGGAUAGGUAAAUAAGAGAAGUUUAUACGAAUAAUCUAUAUACACACCUUUUUACCUUGCGUUGGGUCAAUUGGUGUCACGCCGUUCGAAUUGGCCUCUGACAUCUUUUAAGUAGAUGGUAGUUCUUUAUAAACAAGUUAUACGGAGAAAAUAAAAGCAGAAUGUCAAUUUACUAUAAAAGACUACCAGGGUUUAUAAAUUACAAAGCUGGUUUAGAAUUGCAGGAGCGUUUGGUAGCUGCUAAACCAACGAAGGAUGUACUACUCCUACUAGAGCACGCGCCAGUAUACACAGUAGGAAGGCGUACAACUGAUGAGAAUAUAGAGGAGUCUACAAGAUUGAGGGCUUUAGGCGCUCACUACGAACUCACAAAGCGUGGCGGUCAGAUUACUUAUCAUGGACCAGGUCAAUUAGUCGGAUAUCCUAUCUUCAAUUUAUCUAGAUUGAAUCUCUCAGUGAAAUGCUACGUUGACAGAGUUGAAAAGUCGCUCAUUAGAAUGUUGGCAGAUCAGUACAGGAUACGCGGUCAAACAUCUGAGCAUACAGGUGUGUGGCUUGACGAUGUUCAUAAAAUUGCUUCAAUUGGCAUACAAGUGAGACACAGAAUCACAUCCCAUGGCUUCGCAAUCAACAUCACAAAUGAACCAUUAGAUUGGUUCAGAAAUAUAGUCGCUUGCGGUAUUCAUGGUGCAAAGAUGACAUCCGUAGCUAGUGCACUCAAUAAUAACUCUAUAUCCAUGGAUGAUGCCACACUUGCAGCAGCUAAUGCUUUUGGAAAGGUUCUUGACAAAGAAGUACAACAACUAGAUGAUCCGGAGAUUGAUGCAAUAAUUUCAGAUGUUCUUGAUAAUAUAGACUAAUUUAUUUUUAUUAUAUCGUCGCCUUUGGCUUUACUGGCUCCCGCACCGUCCAUCCGCGAACUCCUACUACCGAAUUGCAUUGCACGUUUUGCACGGUUUGACGCGCUUACUAGGCCUUCAGAUACUGCGAGUGUGCGUAAUAGUCUUUUGUCACCCAAUUCCGUCUGUCUGAAGUCGGCUUUGAGGUGUAAUGGUAUUGUACUCAACCAACGUAGCAGUGGUUGAGCGAGAAAUGGAAAUCUAAC